AUGAUAAAACCAUUUGAAGGGAAAAUUCCUGAUCCAAUUCCAAAAUGGUUUGAUGGUUCCAAGUGUUUUUCCAAUCAUUCUGAGUUCUUGGACACGACACUGAAGAUUGAUAUGGAAAAAUAUCAAGAAAUAUUACAGAACCAAACACAAACUCAAUCUGAAGUUGAUCAAUGGAAAGCAUAUUAUCAAGCAGCGGGAGGGGAAAAGAAAAGAAGGAUAUAUGGUCUUGGAGCUCAAGCAAAAGUAUUUUAUGGACCAAAUUUUCGUGUCUCUUCUGGAUCUGAUGCUUCUGGCUCAGUACGUGGUUUGAUUUCUCCAGCCUCAUCUCAAGCAGACUCAGCUACCAACCAUCCAUCAACUAUUGCACCUGUAAUUCCUGCUCCAACUGCAAAAAAUAUCGAUGAGGAUCGUGCAUCGCUUUCUGAGGAAUGA